AUGCCAAAUACCACAGACCCACCACUCACUGGAUGGGAACCAGAAGUCAAGAUGAUGGCCAUCCCUUUGUACAGUAUCACCAUGUUUUUAUCACUGGUUGGCAAUAUUCUGGUGAUCUAUGUCUUGUACAAAAGGCCCGAAACCAGACGUUUAACAAGUUUCAUGUAUGUAAACCUCGCUGUGGCCGACCUGCUAGUGACUACAGUUGUAAUGCCGAAGUCCUUAACAGUCAUACUAACGGACGAAAAAUGGAUAAGUGGACUAACUGGAGAACUGCUACACAAGUUAGUAGUAUUUACGUUUUAUGUUUCGAUUACGGCGUCAGUCUUCUCGUUAAGCGCCAUUGCAUUUGACUGUUUUCUCAGCAUCACAAAGCCAAUGCAGAGGUUCCCAAAGUUACGGAAUAAGAAAGUCUUUGUACCUUGUAUAUGGAUAAGUUCCAUGUGUCUUAUGAGCCCUUGGUUGAUCAUACCUAAAGUGUACGGUUCCUACACUUUCUUUGAGUUUAGUCAACUGGGUGAGUUUGAAGAUGCCGUCAGGGGAAUAUUUCUCUACAUGGUAAUCAGCAUUUAUAUAUUUCCUUUAACUGCAAUGAGUUUUCUCUAUGGAGUUGUCUGCCUGAAACUUAAAUCUCACACUUUGCCUGGCGCGUCCGUGAAACAAGACAAUGCGCGUGAUCGAGCAAACAAAACCAAACGCCAGAUGAUAAACAUGUCGAUAGCAAUCGUGGUAGCAUUUGGACUUUGCUGGCUUCCCGCGCAUGUCUUUCACACGAUUCUAGCGAACGAUGUGACAGUGCCUCAGAGGUUUCCAGGGUAUAUAAUGUUGCUUUGCUAUUGGUGUGGACACGCCAACAGUGCUGUCAAUCCAUGGAUGUUGAUCUAUUUUAACAAGGGAUUCCGAGCCGUGUUCCGGAAGAUAAUGGUAAGUCCGAUAUCUCGAAAGUUGUCUUAUAAUACCAUCACAUCAAAUGCGUCCAUAAGGUCG